UCUAAAAUCCCCACAAUCUGAAAACAAAUAUAAAAUAAGAAUAACAGAGGAGGACUUGCUCCUCUAUACAAAACUUAAUCUGUUUCUUCAACUUCUUACCACAUUUUCCUCUUCAACAUAACUGUGGUUUUGAUCCAAUUUCUUUUGUGCUAAGAGUGAAAGCUCAUCAAUCCACCUCUCUUUCACUUGUUAGAAGUAAAGUGGAAAAAAAAAAAAGAAGAAGAAGGAAUCCUUUAAUUUCCAAAACAUCAAAAUGGAGAAAGCAAACGCUAUGCUAAGGUACAAAAGGCGUCAAAGCGUGAUAAGGUUGUUCCGUUUCAUCGAAUUUUGCAUUUUUUUCGUCAUAAUCUCAAGAUUUUCCACUCAAUUGCCACUCUCUUCCAAGCUCUCGACAGAUUAUUUCAAGGGACUCGGUGUCACCCUCAUUAGUCCUCGAUUCGUCUUCGUUCUUGGAAACGCAAUUGUCAUCAUCCUCUUCUUGAAAUCAGGACAGUCGUCUACUAAAGAUGACUCCACAAACGACGUUAAAGUUGAUCCGCACGAUGAGUACAAACAAAAAUGUUCGAUGAACAAAGAGGUUCAUUAUGCACAGAGCAAAAAACAGGGGAAACAGAGUAUUCUUGCAGAAGAGGCUUAUUGUGAACAGAGCAAAAAACAGAGGAAACAGAGUAUUCUGGUGGAAAGGCAAAUAGAAAAGAAAAUUCACCGUAGCCAUUCGGACAACACUAUAUGUUUGUCCCAUGAGGAGAAAAAACCUAGAAAAAAAUUGAACCGAUCAGCUACAGUUGGAUGCCGUAAAGUUAUAAACGCUGACAGUGGAAAACCAACUAUGACAAUGACAACAACCUCAAAUCCGGAGGACGAGAUGAGCAGUGACGAAUUCAGGAAAACUGUUGAGAAUUUCAUUGCAAGACAACAAAGAUUUUUGAGGGAAGAAGAGUUCUCAGCUGUUGUUUCUUAUGAAACAUAGCUUGAUUUUAGUCCAUGUUCAUGUACUAUUUUUUCCUCUCUCCCAUUGUAAACUUUUUCCUUUUAUUUUCUUUGGUUAUGUUAAAGCGCAGCCAAGGUAGACAGUCUGUCUUGAAACAAGCAUCAGUGGCUGAUUUUGUGGCUUGAACUAGUGACCUAUGAAUAGCAUGAAGAUAAUUUUACCGUUGUUUCAAAGCCCCCGUUCAUUUUCCUUUUUAUGUGUGAACAAAAACAAGAAACAAUAAAAAGUAUAUACAUAGUACUCAUA